AUGUUUGGUCAAAACUCUAGAAAACACAAAAGCUUACCCGACUCCGCCCACUUACCAACCCGAAUAUCUUCCGGAACUCUACGCCUUGGUGCCCUCGAAAAUAUUCCUUCCUUCGAAGGCUGCCUCAAAGAUAUCACAGUGGGAGACUUACCUCCUUUGUCAUUCUAUGAAGAAUCCGAAACUUGGCAAUCAUCCAACGCUACCCAUUGGGCAAUCCAGAACAAGAAAAAGAUUGCCACGACAUGUUUGUCAUCACCACAGUGUGAUCUUGCCUCUCCUUGUGUUCGUGGCGAGUGUCGUGACAUGUGGAAUGCUUUCACAUGUGUCUGUCCUCCUGGAUUCGAAGGUUCCCUUUGUGAAAUGAAUGUGAACGACUGUGCUGGAAUGGACUGUGGACGAGGCUACUGCCUUGAUGGCGUAGGCGCAGCGAGGUGUUAUAGGUGUAUUUGCAACCCUGGCUUUACGGGCGAGGCAUGCGACACUGAAGUAGAUCUCUGUGCUUCGUUACCUUGUAAAAAUGGAGCUUUGUGCACCUCGCUCAAUGGCUCAUUUCAAUGUGAAUGUAGAGAAGGAUUUGCGGGAAAAACUUGCGAGUUCAGGGUGAGUGAAGAACUACAUCAAUAG